CUCGAGAUGAGUGCCUCAAAGCCAAGAGGGAAAAACUGGACACAGCUGGAGGAUGAAGUGCUAUGUAAAGCAUGGCUAGAAGUGUCUCAGGAUCCAGCCGUCGGAACGUAUCAAAAGACAGAAAAACUAUACGCCCGUAUAUUUGAAAAAUUCGUCGAGAUAUGUACGAUGAAUGGCGUACCGAAUUCGGAACUACGGGCACCGAGUGGCAUCAAAAGCCGGUGGCACACCAUAAACAAAUGUGCUAGCAAGUUUGCCGGAUGCUUGGCUCAAAUAAAUGCUCGCCCACAAAGUGGUGCUUCUCCCGAGGAUAACCUGAAGAAAGCACUGGCAUUGUACGCCACUAAGGAAAAGGCACCAUUCACACUGAUCAGCUGCUACAGGUUGCUGGAAAGUGCCCCAAAGUGGCAGCAAUAUCACGUAAAGGGCCCAGCUGUGAAGCGAUCCGGUGACCACAUCUCAAACGACGACGUUGAAGAAGAGGAUGCGGAUGCAAGUUGUUCAAAAACAAUCCGUCCAAGAGGCCGAGACGCUACCAAAACACGAAAAAUAACAGACUCAGCCACCCUCGAACUCGCCAAAUCGGGCAGGCUUUUGGCGGCAGCGGCUGGCGCAAAGGUGGAGGAUGGAUUCAAGCGGACAAAAGCACUUACAAGAAUAGCAAACCACGCUAUUAUGUCUGUAGAUUUCAGUGGACUAAAUAGUGUUGCGAAGAGAUACUAUGAGCUUGAACAACAUCGCAUUUUGGAAGAAACACUGAAAGAAGUAGCUCCCGCACCUGAAAAUCCUAUGAUAGCUGAUGUAGAAGCGCAAGAUUUAGUUCCUGAACAGUCAGUGGAAGUUUUAUUUUCAGAGGAAUCAUAUGAAGAAGAAGCUGAAGGACUGGAAGCUGAGCACCUCAGCUUCGACGAGGCGGAAGGAGAAAUAGAAUGCCUCAACCUGGUGGAUGAAGAGCCGUAUGAAGAGUUGGAAGAUUAACUCAUUUCUUUAAACUAAUAAUUUAUAAGUGAAAGUUGCUUGAAAUCCGGUUGUUUACUUUUCUUCUUACAAUCGAUCGAUAAUAUUUGAUACAAGUUUCUCAGCUGUUGAAUACUUUUACGUUUGAUACUAUGUAUUCUGUUUUAAAGUGUUAAAUGUUCCUUAACAGAAGCGCAAGAUUCAGUUCCUGAACGGUCAGUUGAAGUUCUAUUUUCAGAGCAAUCAUAUGAAGAAGAAGCUGAAGGACUGGAAGCUGAGCACCUCAGCUUCGACGAGGCGGAAGGAGAAAUAGAAUGCCUCGACCUGGUGGAUGAAGAGCCGUAUGAAGAGUUAGAAGAUUAACUCAUUUCUUUAAACUAAUAAUUUAUAAGUGAAAGUUGCUUGUAAUCCGGUUGUUUACUUUUCUUUUUACAAUCGAUCGAUAAUAUUUGAUACAAGUUUCUCAGCUGCUGAAUACUUUUUACGUUUGAUACUAUGUUUGAUAUUCUGUUUUAAAUUGUUAAA